AAUGAAUAUUAAUGAGUACAUCCCAUACGCUUCAGGAAGGUUACCAAGCAACGUCCCCAUGUACUGAUUAAUAUUCAUGAGCAAACCUUGGCCGUAGUAGGUUGCGUUCGGACGCCGGCUGGCCGCAGUUCAUGAUGGGUUUGAUUCAGAGCGUGUUUGCUGCAGAGGGUGGAUAUCAUGUGCAUGGGAUUCAGGAAAAUUCUCCAGCAGAGAGAGCCGGUUUGGAGCCCUUCUUUGAUUUUAUUUUGUCCAUUGGACACACCAGACUGAAUAAAGAGAGCAGCCUGCUGAAGGACCUCCUGAAGGCGAACGUGGAGAAGCCCGUGAAGCUGGAGGUCUACAGCAGUAAAGUGAUGAAGAUCCGAGAGCUGGAGGUCAUCCCCAGUAACAUGUGGGGCGGCCAGGGAUUAUUAGGGGCCAGCGUUCGCUUCUGCUCUUUCCAGGGGGCCAAUCACAACGUGUGGCAUGUGCUGGACGUGGAUCUGAAUUCUCCGGCUCAGCUGGCGGGACUCAGGCCGUAUUCAGACUACAUCGUGGGAGCAGACCAGGUGCUGCAGGAGUCGGAGGACUUCUUCUCGCUGAUCGAGGCGUCCGAGGGCAAAGCUCUGAAGCUGCUGGUGUAUAACACACAGAGUGACCGCUGCAGAGAAGUCCUGAUCACUCCCAACGGAGCCUGGGGCGGAGAGGGCAGUCUGGGUUGUGGUGUUGGUUUUGGAUAUCUUCAUCGUAUCCCCAUGCGUUCACUCACUUCACAUCAGCACCAGAACUCAUCAGCAGCCUCUGAAACCCAGGAAGAAGAGCACUGUUCUGAGUUAUCAUUAGAGAAGUCCUCAAACGAGUCGGAGCGUGCCGUGACCGCAGACGCUGGGCAGGGAUUCAUUCAGGACACGUCUGAGAAAUCACCCGCAGACGACGACGAUGAUGAUGAUGAUGGAGGCGUCUGCAGCAGGGAAAAUGCGUCCGCUUUAAGUCGUUCUGAAGACGGCGCGGUGGUUACGGCAGAGCUCCAGGAGGAGGAUUCGGGGCUCUACGACGUGCAGACGCCGCCUGUGAUCUUAAACAUGGAAGCAAAAGAUGAAGAGGUUGUGACUUUUACACCCGAAGCGGUCUCAUAAGAGUGAGCUGGGCCUCGGAGAGGAUCGAUGGUCUUCUCAUCCGUGUGCUGCUGUUAGAAAGUGCCGACUGCAGGAUCAUACACAGAAAAGAUGCUUUAUUUUAAGUGACACGCAUACACUCUCACGCUUUAUAGAGUAGCUAGAAACUAUAUUUUCAUUCGUGCAUCUCACAGUAAUCCUCUACAGUAUAGUUGAAACAUUUUCCUUUUGCGAUGCGCCAUUAUUUAUUAUCAGUCCAAGCACAUUUCCGUAAUGCAAUGAUUGUAAUUUCUUUUAUUUGAUUUCAUUAAUUUCAGGAGUGAUUUUAAUAACUAAUACAAUAUCUCAGGAAAGCAGCUGGAACUCAUUGUCGUGAAUGUUUUGGACACU